CAUCUCUCCAGCUCCUUGCUUAUUUUAAACUAUUAGGAAUGGCAACUGUAGUGUAAGUUUCUUUCUUGGGCAGCCAGAAUAGCAAAAUCUCUCUAAAAGAAAUACAGAUGGCGUUAAAAUAUAGGGAUGUCACCUCUUAUAAUACCUUCUCUUAUCAGCACGCAUUUCCUCAUACUAGAGUCACUCUAUUUAAAAAUGUGCUUCCUGGCGCUAAAGCAAGGGAUUUGUUCCAUAAGGUUGCGUGUUUAGGACUUAGGUUAAAUAGAGUUCUUCUUGCCAAGAGUGGAAGAAAACAAAAUUAACAUUUUAUUCUUUGAAACAGCCAUCCAGGAUAAGCAGUGAGAAAAGCCCAUUUUCGUUUCUCAGUUAAAAAUAAAAUGAAAACAAUUUUUCUUUUUUUCUUUUUUCUGGCUAGCACUGUAGUAAUAUACAAAGUUUAAAAACUUUUGUCAUGAUGGGAAGAAAAUACAUGUAGUUAUGUGUGUUUGUUUGUCUAUGAUACACAUAUAUAGAUUAUUGGCCAAAUGCUUUCUCAAGUACAGAUACUUAUUAAAUUGUGGUAGGAUUAUGUCCAGAUAAAUGCACUGUAAGUUCAAAACUUCAUUUAAAGGGCACGGUAAGGCCAAAUUGCAAUGGCCGAUGCUUGGUUAGCACUAGACAUGGCCCUGGUUUGACCCUCAGCUCUGAAGAAACAAUGUAUUUGGUAUACCUUAUGGACUGAACACCAUAGCUCUCCCUGGCUUAUGUCACCGUGCCCAGAAUGUGUAAGGUGGAGCAGAAUCUUCUAACACAAACCCUCUUUUUAAAUAAAAUAUCGCAUAUAUUAUGAUACAUAGAUAUGCUUUUUUCCAGAUGUGAAAAGAAUGUGGAAAUAGAAAACACAGUGCUUCAAGGAAUAAUAGCCAUCCAGUGUGCUGCAGCGCAUACAUUUCUCUACGCUGUGGGACUCACGAGCCAGGUGGUCACCAGUACCCAGCACCGUGAGAAAGCACUGGCCUGCACUGCUAGUUUAUGAAAAGCUUAAGAUUUGAACAGCAGGUCCUAAAUGCAUUUCAUCGUUCUAUGAUAAUGAAACCGAGAGAUGAUAAGGUCUGCUCCUACUCGCCCUCCUAACGAUGCAUCCGGACUUGUCUCCACACUUGCACACCGAAGAAUGCAACGUCCUGAUUAACCUGCUAAAGGAAUGUCACAAAAAUCACAACAUUCUGAAGUUUUUCGGCCAUUGCAACGACCUCGACCGGGAAAUGAGGAAGUGUUUGAAGAAUGAGUACUCAGAGAGGAGGACCAGGAGCAGGGAGCACGGCGCCGCCAUGCGACGGAGGCUUUCUGACCCUCCAGAGGAAGCUGGGAGAUAGGCUCACUGGCGCCUCGGCUGGGAGACCUGAAGGUGGCUGGUGGCCGAAGAAUAUCCUUUCUUAUUUGCCUCUAGGACUCUUUGUAUGAAAAGUGCUCUGAAGAACGGAACCAUAGGGAAUCAGGAGAAUGGCUUCUCAGUACCUGCUGAACUUGAGUGCCACGCGCUGUGCCAGGGAGAGUUUCCUCUGCUGCUGCCCUGAAUCUGCAUCCACCCAGUCCUGACUCGCCUCCUGCAAUAAAGUCACUGGACAGCGUGGGCCUCCCUUUCUUUAACCUCUUCGGGGCUGGAGCGGAAGUGGCGCCUGUGGGUUCCUCUGUCUGAGAACAUGGCGGUUGAAGGUUGUGCAGUGAAGACACAAACCAACGUGGGAAUUCCAGGGCCCUUCCAGCAGAGCCAACCAUACCAAAGUUCCCUGUUUUAUUGUUUUAAAGAGCCAUUUUCUGAAAGGUCAGAUAGUGCUAGUUAGCUUUCAAAUUAUGGAUGGAAAUUAUUUGAAAAAAAAAAAAAAAAGAAGAACCUGUAAGUGACCACGUACGUGUUCCCUACCAUUCUUUAAAUAACACAGCACAGCUAUCACUUUACAGUCCAUCUGUUAGGCAUUAUCUAAGCUAGAGCUAGUGUGGCCAUGGGUGGAAGUGUGUAGGUUUUAUGCAAAUAUUUUGCUUUUAAGAUUUGAGGAUAGAGGGUUCUAGAAGCAGCACUGCCUGACCCUCUGGAGUGAUGACUAAUGACGUGGGUAAGAUCGCAUCCAGCUAGGGUCCCAUCGUUUGGUUAAAUACCACGGGUACCAGUUAACUCCUGGGCUCUAACCUAGAGGUCCAGUGUUCUUCUUGUGUUCACACACGUACACACACACACACCCCAUCCCCACCUCACAAAUACUACUCCCCAUGGUUUCUGAGACCUGUGACAGUUAGAAACCCAGCAGCUUCAGCCGGAGCCACAUCAGGGUGUCUCGGGCCUUCUCAGGAGCCACAAGACAGACGAAGCUAUAAGCUUCUCGUAGUGUUUGGUGUAUAUAAUGUAUGUAUGAGACCCCAUUGGUGUUUAAUAAAUGAUUUUCCUAUUGCA